UAGACACACAGUUAUCAGUACGCUAUCAGCGCGAAUGUUCUACUCUGUUACAAACCGCCGCCACAGCAGCCCGUAAAAACACAACCCUCCGCUAGCCAUGAUUACGAUUAAAUGUAAAGACACUAAUCUGGAUCCUCUUCCGAUCAAGAUUGGGAUAAUUGGCGGUUCGGGACUUGAUGACCCGGAUAUCCUGGAGCAACGAAAGGAAAGAGUGGUGGAGACUCCGUACGGAGAACCUUCUGAUGCCUUGAUCGAGGGCGAGAUCAAUGGAGUCCAGUGCGUGCUCCUCGCGCGACACGGACGCAAGCACGACAUCAUGCCAUCUAACGUCAACUACCGGGCCAACAUUUGGGCUCUCCGUGAUGUGGGCUGCACCCAUUUGAUUGUGUCCACAGCCUGCGGUUCCCUGCGUGAAGAAAUCAAACCGGGCAACUUGGUCGUGCCGCACGACUUUAUUGACAGGACCACCAAACGCCUGCAGACCUUUUACGAUGGAAAGGAAAAAAGUCCACGUGGUGUUUGUCACUUGCCCAUGUUUCCGGCAUUUAGCGAACGCACUCGCAACAUUCUUAUCGAAGCGGCCAAAGAGCUGGAAAUUCCCACCCAUCAAAAAGCCACAAUUGUGACAAUCGAGGGACCACGCUUCUCUUCCCGCUCCGAGAGCCAAAUGUUCCGUCAGUGGGGAGGGGAUCUUAUAAAUAUGACAACCUGCCCAGAGGUGGUGCUGGCUAAAGAGGCAGGCCUGCUCUACGGAUCGGUAGCCAUUGCUACGGACUACGAUUGUUGGCGCAUGGGGUGCGAGGGUGUCAACGUGCAAGAUGUCCUGCGAACUUUUGCCGAGAACGUUAUCAAGGUGAAGAAGAUCCUGGUCAACGCUGUGGGAAGAAUUGCCAAGGAGGACUGGUCGGAGGACAUACUAACAGCCAAGCAAUGUGUUUGCAAUAACACAAUGUCGGGGGGCCAUGUGACGUUUUAUAAAACUUUGUCAUGAAAUAACCGAAGAGACGUUAAUUCGCCGCAAGAUAUAUGUACCACCGCUCUACCAACAGAUUCACAAAAAACGAGGACCCAAAGUCCACUCCAUAUCCAUUACAUAUGAAUUGGAUCCAGAGGACAAGCGGCCGGUCAAAACACCAUUUAAAUGUGAAACUGUUACGUCUGCCUCAGCGUCGCAGUAAAAAAUAUACAUAUUGUAACUAAAAAAAUUACCUUAACCAAAUGCAAACUAUUUGUAAAACA